GUCCGACUAACGUAGACAUCGCAAUUAUUACUUAAUUAUUAAAAUUGUUCAUAAUCGACAAAAUCAUGAAACUUAUUUACUUACAGAUAACUGCUUUAAUGGUGAUAACAGUAUCAGCUUCAUCAGAUCUUAAAGCCGAACAAUCAACAUUUCAUCAGCAUCCAAAAGUUUUUCAAGUUCCAAUUUACAAAAAAUAUGCAAUAUCAAUUCCACAUCCAAUUCCAGUGUCUGUUCCUCAACAUAUUAAAGUCCCAAUACCACAGCCUUAUCAAGUACAUGUGCCAAUUCCUCACCCUGUGCCGGUGGAAGUAGUGAAACACGUAGAAAUUCCAGUAGAAAAGCCAGAACCUGUCGUAAUAGAAAAAAAGGUUCCCUACAUUGUGGAGAAACCUUAUGCGGUAACUGUUGAAAAACAUUUUCCUGUUCCAAUACCAAAACCUUAUCCAGUCCAUGUACCAGUUUAUAAACAUGUGUUUCAUCACCAGAGUAAAUCUCAUGGGCAUGAACCUUAG